CUCUCCCCUCUGCUCUCUCGAUCACUGUGUGUUCUCCGAAUUAAUUCAAUCUGGCAAGUUUUUAAAUUUCUGCUCUUAGUCUCUGGAGGAUACCCAGAAGAAAAAAAGGUGCUUUCUUUAAGGUAAAACAAGAAAAAGGAGCUUGCUUUCACGCUUCAGGUGGCAUCUGCGGCUGAGAUUUGAUCUGGGUUUUGAAAUUUCAAGCUUUUGGCUUCAAUCCCUUCCCUUUGGAUUCUGGAAAGUUUGAGUGAGUUUGUAUUUACCGCCCACAUUGCGGUUUCUUUCUUCUUUUUACAAAUCCUGAAGUUUCUUUUACUGCGGAGAGGUUCCAACCACGCCAUCUUCAAUCUUUGUGAGAAGUUGUAGUGGUUGAUUAUGGAUAAAGAGAGUCCGCGGUCUGUGUCUUUUCGCACACAUCGUAGGGGAGAAAGGAGUAAUUUAAACCAACACAGUAAAGAUGUUGAAGAGGGAUUUCCUCUGGGAAGGGUGCCGCAGGAUUAUCCCCUGAAGAUCGUUUGGAAGAAGGGCUUUAUUCGAUUGGUUCUUGUAGGUGGCAUUUUGUGGAUGCUACUAAUUCUCCUCGCGUCAUUAUUUCAUGUUUGGUCCUGCCAGUCUUCUAUCUCUUUCUUCUCAGCUAUGUGUAACAAAGAGAGCAAGGUCUUCUCCAUGUUAGACUCCCUCGGGUUUGUACCAAAAGGACAAUCGCAACACCGCUGUCCGAUUCCUGUUGUCAGUGAUCCUGAUAAGAUAAAAAUUCCAAAGGGAAGAACUCCUGAUGAAAUUGUCAAAAACUUAACCUAUGUUUUGGAAGAUGAGAUUUUGCCUGGCGGAACUCAGUCAUCCCCACUAUUCGGAGGACAUCAAAAUUGGACACAGAGAGAGGAGAGUUUUAGACUAAAAUCAGACAUGAAGGUGCACUGUGGUUUUAUUCGAAACGGUGGUGCUGAAAUGGCUCCUGCAGACAUCAAAUAUGCCAAGAAAUGUAGGUUUGUGGUUGCAUCAGGCAUUUUUGAUGGUUAUGAUGUACCCCAUCAACCUUCAGAUUUAAGUCCUCGUUCUAAGAAGCUCUUCUGUUUUCUCAUGGCGGUUGAUGAAACAUCUCUUAAUUUUAUCAAGGAAAAUGUCACUGUCAGAGAGGAUAAUGAUGGGGGAAAAUGGGUUGGUAUCUGGCGUCUUGUUUUGUUGAAGCAUCCGCCAUAUGAUGAGCCAAGAAGGAAUGGGAAGGUCCCCAAGAUAUUAACCCACCGCUUGUACCCUAACGCACAGUAUAGCAUUUGGAUCGAUGGUAAAAUGGAGCUCAUGGUUGAUCCAUUGCAAAUUUUAGAAAGAUAUUUAUGGCGUGGGAAGCAUACAUUUGCCAUUUCUCAGCACAAGCACCAUCGCAGUAUAUACGAGGAGGCUGAUGCAAACAAGCGGAGGAAGCGAUAUGCUCGACCUCUUAUUGAUCUACACAUGAAAAUUUAUCGUUAUGAGGGUUUGGAGUCGUGGGAUCCAACCAAGAAAACCGUUAGUGAUGUACCAGAGGGUGCCAUUAUCAUACGGGAACAUACUGCGAUGAGUAAUUUGUUUAGCUGCUUGUGGUUCAAUGAGGUCCACCUCUUCACACCAAGAGACCAACUGAGUUUUGGUUAUGUUGUGUACCGGUUAGGGGGUUUGUUUAAGUUCUUUAUGUUUCCGAAUUGCGAGUACAAUUCCCUGUUUGUGUUGCAUCCACACAUAAGGGAGCAUUCUUCUCGUAUAGAGUGGGUAACAAGUUGGAAUCAGCUCAAGGGGAACGGAACUAUUUCGAAUAAGGGUAAAGAUUGGGACCAGGCCAAUGCGAAAAAUGGUUUGAUAGAAAGUAGGGGAGGCUUAGGCUUGUGGACUCCUUACCCUGCAAAUCUUGAUUCAGUUGUCCUACCCCCUGUGGCAAGAACGUCGAAAGCUGGCUGAGGGGUCAAUUGGAUCCAUUUGGUCUUGUGAAGUUUUAUCGAGCUCUUCCCGGUUCUAUUUUUUCUGUCAUCCCAGAAGAGACUCGAACGGUAUAUAAAAAGAAGAGGAAGAGGAAGAAGAAUAGCGGCGUCAGGUCUUUUAAAUUUCUGGGUCUGGGUGUUAUUGAGAUGAUUAACAAGGAAAUUGCAGCAACCUUUCUGGUACCACUAAGAUUCAAACUGGAAACACAUUGUGUACUAUUUUGAUACCGUUUGUUUAUCAUCUGUUUGAGUUCCGAUGGUAGAAAAUGGAAGGAAAAACAGAAUAGAGUAUAUUUAUUGUUUUUAGAAAUAAAAAAAUGCAAGAUUGAUUGAUUAAUGUGUAUCUGAAGCAUAAUUAGUGAAUAUGUGUAUUAUACACAUGUGCAUAUUUUUCAGUAAUACUUCUGCUUUUCCAUA